AUGACAGAUAAACCGACCGAACAACCGACCGAACAACCGACCGAUCAACCGUCCGACAUGCCGACUGACCAAAAGACAGGACAGGCGAGCGACAAACAGGAAGAUCAACGGACCGAGCAACCAAUUGUCCACACAUUCUACCAUCCGACCCUGACUCUCAUGAGCCUGAAUUUGGCAGGUCUCAAAUUUCCCUCUCCACCCUAUUCAGCAGAUCGUCACUUGGACUGUUCAUCCGACCGAGUGUUGUCUGGCCCAUUCACUUGUCUCUUCUGCCGCCUGUCUCGCUCCUCCGCCACCCCGGUACAGGUGCACACUCAGGCUGGCAUGGGCGCCUCUGCAGACUCGCACGAGAACAGACACCCGCCGAGCGAGAAACGAAAACACACGCUCUACCACAAACCGGCCUUAGGCGAGCCCGGCCGACCGAAAUGGAUGUACCUCCCGACGACUGGAGACCAGCGGCCAGCCAUUUUGCAAUAA